CUGCACCAUCAACGUUCACUGCUCACGCGAGACAUCUGCAACCAUGACGGGCAUUGUUGAGCAGCAGAUCCACCGUGAUCCUGCUCUGUUCUACUGGAUCUUGCUGCCAAUCACCAUAGUCAUGGUCCUUACUGGUAUCCUGCGCCACUACCUAUCGACCUUGCUACAAUCCAGCCCCAAACCACAGCCCCUCGCCAAGACACGACAACAGCGCUCUCUGCUCCGCAUGCAGAACCUUCGAGUCAAUAAUACGCAGAUCUCCCGUGCAGCAUUUGAGAAGCGCAAGGAGUUCUAUCAUGAAGCGGUCAAGGACGGCAGAUUUUUGGCAGAUCCUGAGAACAGAGGGAAACCUCCGGCCAAUCCGUUGACAGAUCCGGGAGCUAUGGACGGCAUGAUGGGCGCCAUGAAGGGUAAUGUAGCCAUGAUGGUUCCACAAUCCUUGAUCAUGGGCUGGAUCAACGCCUUCUUUAGCGGCUAUGUUAUCAUGAAAUUGCCCUUCCCACUUACUCCGCAAUUCAAGCAGAUGUUGCAAGCCGGUGUCGGUACCAGAGAUCUAGAUGUCAGAUGGGUGAGCAGUCUGAGUUGGUACUUCCUGACUCUAUUCGGAUUGCAGCCAGUAUACAACUUUAUACUGGGCAGCAACAAUGCUGCCUCACAAAUCGCUCAACAGAUGGCCCAGUCACAAAUGGGCCAGAACCCCAUGGGUGGACAAGAAGACCCAGACAAGCUGUUCAAGGCUGAAAUUGAGAACCUAGAAGUUAUCGAGCACAAAUACAUACUUGAUGGCGUGGAGGAAAGGCUGUUAGCUAAGCUAAACGCCACCAUAUGAGGCUUCAAACAGCUCGACAUCGCAAUCCCACAACGCCAUUCGGACUGCGGAUCUUUCCAAACAGGCGACUAUCGACGGCUUACCUGCAGCCGGGUUU